AAACCCAUGCUGGAUGAAGGCAUGUUGAAAGAAGCAUUUAAUCUCCAUAACAUAUCUCCCAAACAUGCACAAAAACUCUGGCGGUAUUUUAUUCAGCGAAAUGCCAAGUCGUUUACUGAUGUACCUGAACUACCCAAACAGGCUUUGCAAAUCCUCGAGUCAGACUUUACUCCAAUGACUUCUAAAGUUAUUUCCAGAACGGAUAAUGCCGAUGGGUCUACUACAAAACUAUUGGUGGAGUUGCAAGACGGACAGCGGAUCGAGUCUGUGAUUAUGCGAUAUGAAAAAAUGACCAAGGAUAUGGAUGGGAAUAUCAAAUAUCGAUCAAAUAAGAGAGCGACUCUCUGUGUAUCCUCUCAAGUCGGAUGCGCCAUGGGAUGUACUUUUUGUGCAACUGGAACUAUGGGGCUUUUAGCCAAUCUGUCUGCUGGGGAGAUUCUCGAGCAACUUGUGCAUGCCAACCAGGUCGAGCACAUCCGAAAUGUAGUGUUUAUGGGAAUGGGAGAACCGCUUGACAACUAUCCGGCAGUUCUGAUGGCAGUGAAUGGUAUGAUUGAUACUUCUAGAUUUGGACUUUCUCCAUCUCGGAUAUCUGUAUCUACUGUUGGUGUUGUCCCAAGAAUGCGAUCAUUGGUUCGUGAUAUGCCUGAUAUAGGUCUUGCGCUUUCUCUUCAUGCACCCACUCAAGAGUUGCGAACUCAGAUUGUUCCCACAGCUAAAGCCUGGAAUAUUGAGCGUAUCAUGGAAGCUGCUGACGUAUUCAUUGCCCAACAAAACGCCAAUGUCAAAUCGCACAAUCGUCGUAAACAUGUUCUUAUCGAGUAUGUUUUGAUUGCAGAUAUCAACGAUUCAGAAGUGGUUGCACAUCAACUUGGAAAGCUUUUGGAAGGUCGGGAUGUAUUGUUAAACGUAAUUCCUUACAACCCGACGUCUGUUCCAUAUGAUUAUAAGCCUCCAUUGCAGGAAACAAUGAAGGUAUUUGUUGACAUUGUGCGGAGAGUGUACAAUGUACAUACGCUAUUGCGUCAGGAACUAGGACAAGAUAUUUCUAGUGCGUGUGGGCAGCUUGUGAUUGAGAAUUCUCUUGGAUUGAAAAAAGGACCA